AUGGCCUGUAGGCAGAGGGAAGAGUCUGCGAGUCCUCUUUGCUGCGGGAGCAUCUACAGGUUGCUUUCUCUCUUAUUUGCCCUUGUGACAUCAGUAAAUUCAUUAAGUCUUUCCCAGUUGGGGAAUCCUGCCUUCCCAGGCACUGUCAUUUGUGGUGAAGAUGAUGUGACAGUUAAGUUUCCAAGUAGUUCUGACAUGGAAAGACUGAACCCUUCUGUGGUUGAUGACUUUGGUGUUGAAAUUAUAAACUGCACUUAUGCCCUGGAUUCAGAAAAUCUCAUCCUGAAGUUCCCUUAUGAAAUCUGUACUCGGAGAGUGAUUGGCGGAUACCAGCUGAACAUCAGAGUCCAGGACAACAAUACUGACGUACAAUAUAAAGAUGGCAUGCAUCAGUUCUUCUGUCCAUUUCUGAAGACACAUAUCCCUGAGAAAUCACCAAUUGUAGUCUGCACUAAGGAUUUCGUAUCUUUUUCUUUCACACACCUUUUCUCUAACCUUGCUGAUGAAAAUCCGGUAAGAAGUGUGUCUGCCAAAGGAUGGAUGGUUGAAAUUGACAGUGGUACAAGCAUCCACAUUCUGCCCCUGAGAGAUGCCCUAAGACAAGGAUUUAAUCUUCUGAUUGACCCCCAGAGAAUAACCCUCGAAGUGCCAGCCAAUGCUACUGGAGUAGCCCACUAUGUGGAAGGGAGCAGCCAUCUCUAUACUGUGGUCCUCAAGUUUUCAUACUCCUCUUUCGGGCAGCAGAGCAUCUUCCAAUCACAAGCUAUCUGUGCAUCAGAGCUCUCUGUGGCUUGUAAUGCCACGCACAUGACCCUCGCCAUACCAGAAUUUCCUGGGAAGCUAAACUCCGUGGGCUUUGAGCAAAGGGACAUCCACGAAAGCGAAUGGCAUGCCAUUGGGAUUGACAAAGAAGAAACAAAUGGCCUGAGACUGCAUUUCAGAAAAACUCUCCUGAAAACGAAACCCUCUGAAAAAUGUCCAUCCUAUCAGUUCUACUUCUCUUCACUCGGUCUGACCUUUCGCCUUCAAUCGCACAUGGUAACCAUGGUGACCGAACCUGAGUGCCACUGUGAGCCACCAGUCUCUAUAGUUACAGAUGAGCUGUGUACACAGGAUGGAUUUAUGGACUUUGAGGUCUACAGUCACCAAACAAAGCCUGCUCUGAACCUGAACACCCUCCUGGUGGGAAACUCCUCCUGCCAGCCUACCUUCAGGUCUCAGUCUCAGGGGCUCGCAAGGUUUCACAUACCUCUGAAUGGAUGUGGAACACAGCAGAAAUUUGAAGGUGAUAAAGUCAUCUAUGAGAAUGAAAUCCAUGCUCUCUGGAAAAAUCUACCACCAAGCAUAAUAUUCAGAGAGAGUGAGUUCAGAAUGACUGUGAGGUGUCAUUACCUCAGAGACAGCAUACUACUAAGUGCCAAUAUCAAAAGCCUUUCUUCUCCAGAGGCCUCUGUAAAGCCAGGUCCACUGGUGUUGGUCCUACAAACCUACCCAGACAAAUCCUACCAACAACCUUACCGGAAGGAUGAGUACCCCCUCGUGAGAUACCUCCGCCAGCCAAUCUACAUGGAAGUAGCUGUCUUGAACAGGAAUGAUCCCAACCUCAAGCUGGUUCUAGAUGACUGUUGGGCGACAUCCUCUAUGAACCCAGCCUCUGUCCCCAGUGGCAGAUUGUCGUGGAUGGCUGUGAAUACGAACUGGAACUACCGUACUACUUUCCAUCCAGCUGCUUCCUCCAUGGCCCAUCCCACUCACUACCAGAGGUUUGACGUGAAGACCUUUGCCUUCGUGUCAGAGGCGCAGGGACUCUCCAGCCUGAUCUACUUCCACUGCAGUGCCUUGAUCUGCAACCAAGGUUCCCGUGACUCCCCCCUCUGCUCUGUGACUUGCCCUGCACCACCGAGGAGCAAACGAGAGGCCACCAGAGAAGACACAAUGACAGUCAGCCUUCCAGGACCUAUUCUCUUCUUGUCAGAUGACUCUUCGGUUAAAGGUGUUGUGAACCCUGAAAUGGACGAGAUUGCCAGCGACACUGCUCCUAAAACAGUGGCUGCUGUGGCUGCGUUAGCGGGUUCAGCGGUUAUUAUAGGUCUCAUCUGUUACCUGCAUAAGAAAAGAACGGGGAGAUGGGGUCAUUGA